AUGGAGUUGCGUCUGGCCAACGAAUCUGAUAAAGAUAAAAUAUGGGAGAUUCUUCAGCAAGCAAUUGCUCAGCGCAAGGCUGAUGGAAGUAAACAAUGGCAAGAUGGUUAUCCCAAUCUUGAAACUGUGGUCAAUGAUAUUAAUAAUAAAUAUGGAUAUGUUUUGACCGAAAAUGGUAUCGUUAUUGCGUAUGCAGCUGCCAUAUUUGGUAUUGAACCCGCAUACAAUGAUCUGAAAGGAAAAUGGUUAACUAAUGGCGAAUAUCUGGUGAUCCAUCGUGUUGCAACACACAACAAUGUGAAGGGACGCGGUUUAGGUACAAAGAUAUUUGAGAUGUUUGAAGAUAUUGUAAUUUCAAAAAAGAUUUAUAGUAUCAAAGUUGAUACAAACUUUGACAAUAAGAUAAUGCUCCAUAUCUUGGACAAACUAAAAUAUGUCUAUUGUGGAGAAGUUAUAUUUGAUAGGGCUCCAAAAAUGGCAUUUGAAAAAGUUUUGCAUCCUAAAUAA